GGCACUCAGUAAUCGGCGCGCGCCAAGUUGGCCGCCACGUCUCUAAUAAGUGUAUCGAACGAUAUUAUCACUAAAAAUAUAAUAAAAUUGUUUUGUAUAACAGAAUUUUGAUUAUGAUAAUGGCGCAUGAAUACAAGAGAUUUGUGGUUAUAAAAAUAUUAAGCCAGAGAAAUGAUGACCUUGAACAAUAUGUAUGUAUACCGAGGACUUGGAUAAAGGUGAAAGACUGUGAUAAUGACGACGUCGUGUUUGGAUAUCCUUCCGAACAAAGAGAUAAUAUUGCAAGAGUCAUUAACCAAUCCUUGGAUAAAAGAUGGCCUACAUUGUUUGGCAAAGUGGUACAUGCUACGGAUUCUCAAGCAGACGCUUUUCUGGUACUGAAAAACAAAAAUAUAGGAGAUGAACAUAAAACUGAAGAUCAGUCAGAGAAAAGUAAACCAGAAAAUAAAAAAACAAAAACUACUUCAGAAAAAGAAAAAUCAUCUUGGAAAAAAAUUAAACGCAAACAAACUGAUUCUGGCGAUAAGACGCAAAACAAACAAGCUAAAGCCAAAAGAAGCAAAGAUGAGACAGACGAGAUUAAAUUGCAAAUAUCAAAACUAAUGGAAAUGUUAGGUUCUUGUAAAGAUAGUGAUCGACAUGAAUCGCCAUCCUCGUCAAGUUCAUCAGAAGAAUCUGAAAGUAUAUCUAAUGAUACGGAAAUAGAAGAUAAUGACACUCCCACAACAUCAAGAAGGUAUGCUCGAGCUCAGUCGUCUAAGCCUGAUGGCUAUUACCGCCAUAUUGAUGAUUCUUCAGAUUCAGAUUACGUUCCUGGCUAUGAAUUAAAUUUAAAAAAUAAAUCGACUGUAAAAAAAGGAAGAUCUAAUAGAAAGGUUUCUGAGAGUAAUCGAUCAAAUCAGUUUGAACCGUCUAACAAUAAUGAAAAUGACGAUGUGGACAUUUCGGACACAAACCUAUGUCAAAUUAAUGUCGAAGUUCAUAAUCAAUGCAGAAACUUUUGUACCGAGUUUAAUGAAUCAUAUAAAAAAACGAUGUCAAUUUUAGACAAUGCAGUUAAUUACUUUCAACAAGUCAAGGAAGAAGUAUCGAAGGUAUCAGAGAAGGAGUCGAAAGACGAUAAGGAAAGAUUCAAAAAAAUUUCUGAAUCACAGCCACCGUUUGAUGCAUCACGUUACAGUACUGGAGAUACUAAAUGGACUAUUCUAUAUCCAGGGCCGUGUCCAGGUCUUGUAGAACUUAUGCCACACACAGGUGUUUAUGUUUCCAAAGAAGGUCUCAUUAAAUGCCAAAAGACAAGCCAAGAUGCUACAAAAUUGGCCAGAGCUCUGCUUGAAGAAAUUUUUAAAAUGGAAGCUUUAUUCGUUUGUUCUUUUACCGGUAGUGUUCCCAAACGUGGUAGCAAGAAUAACUUGGAGGCCAGGCCAGGUCUGGAUGUGAAUGCAAGAGAUACCUUGGUAUGUUAUACCAAAGAGUAUGGGUAUAAAAUGAAUAUGGAUAAGGCAGACAGGGUGCGUAUUAUUAGCAGCAUAAAAAACGCAUUACAAAAGUACCACAGCCUAAGUCCUGAGGAAAAAAAUAAAUUACUUAAAAAACAAGCAAGCUUAAAAGUGAAAUUUAUGAAAUAGCGUAUUUUUUGUUAUUAUUGUGUUAGUGUAACACUUAUAGAUGUAACCGAUUCGCAUUUUGUCCCUUUGUUGUGAAAAGAGUAUGAAACUGACUGAUUGUAAGUUCUUACGUAAUUGAAUUAUUUUUUAUCUUACGCAUUACUAUAUUAACUAAUUGCUGCUUCACCGCAGUUUCACCCGCGUCCCGGACAAAUUUGUCACUGUACCCUGACAAAAUAUAACCUAUGGUACUGGAAUAGUCUAGCUUCCCAACAGUGAUAGAAUUUUUCAA